AUGACGGCCUUAUUCCUCUGUUCUCUUUUGCUGGCACUUGCUGUCACGCCAUGGAGCUCAACUGCUUUUGCGUCACCAGACUAUCAUGAACAGCUUUUCCUCCAACCGCUCCCCCAAUCCUCCCUCCUAGCUUCAUUCAACUUUCGGAGCAACACCUCCCAGCAGUCAUUUGACAACCAACACUUUCGAUAUUUCCCCCGAGCGCUCGGCCAAAUUCUACAACACGCUCAUACAAAGGAACUACAUCUGAGAUUCACUACUGGACGAUGGGAUGCCGAAAGCUGGGGUUCGCGGCCAUGGCGUGGCAGCAAAGAAGGAGGGACUGGUGUUGAGCUCUGGGCAUGGAUUGAUGCUCCAGGCGAUGAAGAGGCAUUUGCGAAGUGGAUCACAUUAACACAAUCCCUGUCGGGUCUUUUCUGCGCCUCCUUGAAUUUCGUGGACUCGACCCGAACUACGCGUCCCGUUGUUUCAUUUGAACCAGCUGGUAACCACCAAGGUGCAGAUGGGCUGCACCUCCUUCAUGGAACACUCCCAGGUGAAGUUGUAUGCACAGAAAACUUGACGCCGUUCUUGAAGCUCCUCCCCUGCAAGGGCAAGGCUGGGAUCUCUACAUUGUUUGAUGGUCACAAGCUGUUUGAUGCGGCAUGGCAGAGCAUGUCAGUGGAUGUGCAACCCAUCUGUACUGCCGAGGGAGAGUGUACCGUCCAAAUCGAACAGACAGUGGAUAUGGUUCUUGAUAUCGAGCGAUCCAAGCGGCCUCGAGCUAAUCCCAUUCCUCGCCCUCUACCCAAUGACCAGCUAGCCUGCGAUACCUCGAAGCCUUAUAACUCCGAAGACACCUGCUACCCUCUUGAGAGGAUAACUGACAAUGCUUGGAGUCUGUCUGAAGUUUUCGGGCGGAACCUGGACGGCGUCUGCCCUCUUACUGGUUCUGAUGGUACCAGCGAGCAAUCAGUUUGCCUUCGAGUACCACACGAGAAGCAGGUAUUUAUCACGCAAGAGGCUUCUGAGAUCAAGAAGGACGAUGGUUUCACACGCUGCUUCAGUCUGUCGCCCUCUCAGGCCUUCGACAUCUCAGUCCCGGAACAGACUGUGACCACCCCUGUUCCAAUUGAAGAGCCCAUCUUGAAUGCGGAGCGAACUAUUGUUGGUCAUGGCCAGGAGCGUGGUGGCAUGCGCAUCAUCUUCGGCAAUCCGUCUAACACCACGGCUGUCGACUUCAUCUUGUUUGAAUCUUUGCCAUGGUUCCUGCGGCCUUAUAUCCACACUCUGCAGGCGACGAUUACUGGCCAAGAUGGCAUUAGAAGAGAGAUCCCGACCAAGGACCUCGUCUCCUCGACGUAUUAUCGACCAGCCAUUGACCGUGAACGUGGUACACAACUGGAAUUGGCGCUAUCUGUCCCGGCGGCUUCAACUGUGACCCUGACCUAUGAUUUUGAGAAGGCAAUCUUGCGCUACACAGAGUAUCCGCCUGACGCCAACCGCGGGUUCAAUGUCGCUCCAGCCGUCAUCCGCAUCCUCAACACACCAGAUAGCGCACCGUUCUAUAUCCGAUCUACCAGCCUCCUGCUCCCCUUGCCAACACCCGACUUCAGUAUGCCCUACAACGUGAUUAUUCUCACUAGCACUGUGAUUGCCCUUGCGUUCGGCACUGUGUUUAAUAUACUGGUGCGACGGGUAGUCUCAGUCGAUGAAGCGACCGCACUUGUUGCCCAAACAGUGAAGGGCCGCCUUCUUGGCAAGCUGAUAGCUCUUCGAGACCGGAUACGCCCCAAGCAGACCAAGGUCGAAUAG